AUGGUCGUCGGCGCGGUCGACAUCGAGAAACCAUUGAGCCCCCCAGCCGCGGGCAAAAGUCGUCAUAGCGAGGAUCUGAAGUUCGGGUUCAACGACGUGCGCACGCAGAGGCGGCAGCUCCGCGGCAGGCAGGGGAUAACAGCCGCUGGCGUGUUCCACGACGAGUCUCGCGAGAUGCCGGAGCCCAGGCGCAAGCUCAUCGAGACGCCUUCGGCGAAGCGUGAAAAGGAGAAGUGCGACCAGAACAUGUGGCACCUCAUCGGCCCGUCCGCACCGUGCCACGCGGAGGACAGCGCAUCGCAGAAGCACCGUAACUGCAGAGAUCCCCCGCCCGAGCGCCGGUCCGAGCGAUACCCGCAGCAAAACAUCCUCAACAACUCUCUGCCCAGAGGCGCAGAGGUGAGGGAGUGCAACUUCAAGUACGAGCGGGACCCGUUGACGGGGAAGGGGUCGUACCGCGGGCAGAGGAUCCCGAUGGAGAACUACGAGAUCAUGGCCGACGAACGCGCCAACAAGAUCGAGCAGCAGAGGGUCGAGAACAGGAUGAACCGAACGAUGCACAUACGCGAGAGCGAGGAGAUGCGGAGGAACAACUACAACAUCUUGACGGGCGUCGGCAACGACGGCCGUGCGAGGAAUGUCGGCGCGUCGGGGCGACGGUCGCCGGUGGAUCCCCCCGUCGAGGUGAGACCCUCGAUCCUGCAGAACGCGAAGGGGGAGAGGAUGAGGUUCAUGGCGGACACGCCGGCGUAUCAGACGCGGGGCGUGAGAAGCCGGCGAUGA